AGGGGUCGAGGAGAUCACUCGAAUUCAACCUGAGGAAAUGGCGAAGCCUUUGGGUACUACCGGCGAAUUUUUCCGGCGAAGAGAUGAAUGGAGGAAGCAUCCGAUGCUUUCGAAUCAAAUGAGACAUGCUCUUCCUGGACUCGGAAUCGGCGUCGCUGCCUUCUGCGUUUACCUCGUCGGUGAGCAGAUCUUCAGCAAAGCUUCGGUUCCUUCCAAAUCAGCUCACCACCAUCAGGAGCAGCCUGCGACUUCUCACUGAAGCGCAUCGCCUCUUAUUAAAUUAGAUGAGAUGCUUGAAACAGUGGCAAAAAGGCUGAACUUCCAGGCUUCUUCUCGGUUGCUAUCUUUCAUUUGAUUGUCUUAAUAAUCGCAUGUUUGAAUAGAACACAAAGAAGUUGAUUUCUAUGUUGAAUUUGUAAAGCUUGUUGGCUCAAAGGUUUUGUAUCCCACAAGUGAAGACUGCAUAUUCGUGUCUUUGUCGUUCUAAGACUGAUACUUGACUAAAACUGCGUUACCAAUACCAGAUAAAGAAUCCAAAGUCUUC